GGAGGCUCCAUUAGUUUAUUUGAUGUGCAUUAGACAGCACAGUGGUUAGAAGCCUCACUUGAGAGUGUUAUUUUAACGGCAUGGCGUGUGUGAGGGAUGCCAGUGGGGGAAAAGUGCAUUUGGAAAUUUAUGAACGUCACAAUAAAGAUCAGAUGAAAAGAAGUCUUCAACGACCACACCUUCUGUCAGUGAGUGAUAUUCGUCCUCAGCCAAUAAGAUGCCAGAGCGCCCACACACACACACACACACGCAUCACAAGCCUGAGUGCCUCAAGUUAAAAGUGAUGCGCGCAGUUAUCGUCUUGACAGUGCCGGGAAGUCAGCCGGCUUGCACGCACAUCACGCGACUGCACGCUUGGACAACAAUUGUGUCGUUUUUGUGUCUUGCUGACAUGUUGUGCGCGCUCCUCAUCCUCUGCCUCUCAGCAGCACGCCUUGAGAUUUACGCACACCCGCUGCGCUCCGAGUUCUCAGAGGAUGCCAUCCUGGUGGCCAACAACCGCAUCCACGUGCCGCUGGGCCGAAGCGUGUUCGUGGACCCGGUCAACGACCUGGUGGUACAGACACAGCCGGGUGACCGCUGCAGCGUGAUGGUUCUGGAGGAUGACCACCUGGCCCAGCGUCCUGGUCGCCUCUCGCCUGGGAAGUUCCCAUGCGACUUCGGCCCCAGGGAUGUCAUGUACACCCACUACGGGUCCAAGAGUGUGGCGCUAGACCGGGUGCGGCUGCAACUGCGCUAUGAUGAGCACGCCGAGACUCUCGUCAUUCCCUUCGUGAUAGAGGUGGAGGUGGUCUUUACGCAGAUGGAGCUGCUCACUACAAACAUGCCGCUCAGCGUAACCCACCUGAGGGGCACCAGUGAAGCCAUAGACCGCGAGAUCUUGGAUUUCACUUACGACCGGGAGGUUUACAAGUGCGGGGUGACGUUGGCGGGCGAGAGCAAUCUGCCUCGCUAUGGGCGACUCCGAGACGGCGGGAAACUGACCCGGACGAUGGACUGCGACGAGUUAACACGGGCCGACAUCCGCUACGAGCACACGUUCCAAGGGGCGUCGCCACCAAACCAGGACCACGUCCCCAUGGUACUAGAGCUCCGGGAUGGAGAAGGCAAUUUGGUGAAACGGGAGCAUUUCCACCUGACUAUUCGAAUUAUUGGGGGCCAGGAGAACACCCCACCUAAGCCCAGCUUGGUGGCCAUGAUGACGAUGGAGGUGAGUCAGUUCGCCAUGACGGCGCUGAUGCCCGAAGCGCUCGCUGCGGACGAUGCCGAGUCAGACCCGAGGGAGUUGGUGUUCAACGUCACCUUGCCGCUGUCUUUAGAGGAGGGCUACAUCGUCAGCACCGAUGACCAGAACCUGCCCAUCUCCUCCUUUUACCAGCAGGACCUGCAGGACCUCAAGAUCGCCUACAAGCCGCCCUCAUUGGAUGCCGAGAGAAUCUUCCAGUUAGAGUUUGAAGUCCUGGACCCGGAGGGGGCUGCGUCGGACCCUUUUGCAUUCAUCAUCGUAGUAAAACCCAUGAACUCGCUGGCGCCGGUGGUGACCCACAACGCCGGUCAGCUGCUGUACGAGGGCCAGUCGCGCCCCCUGGUGACAGGUCACAACCUGGAGAUCGGCGACGAGGACAACUUGGAGGCGGUGAGCAUCACGGUAGUAGACGGAUUGCACCAUGGCGUCCUGCUGGUGCCGGGGGCCCGCGGGGACAGAUUCUCAGCCGCCGACCUGGCCGCCGGCGCCGUGGUGUACCAGCAUGACGGCAGUGACACGUACAGUGACAACGUGGUCUUUAAGAUGACGGAUGGCGAGCACCACGUGGAGUUCCUCUUCCCCAUCACCGUGGUGCCCAUCGACGAUGAGCCACCCGUCGUGAAUGUCAACACCGGCCUGGUCCUAUUCGAGCACCAGAUGAUGUCCGUGUCGCCCCUCGCGCUCAGUGCCGCUGACAUCGACUCCGAGGACUCCACCGUUAAAUUUACCGUGGUCCCUCCGUUUUCCACCGUCGGCACUGUUCUAUUGAGGCAGUCCGACGCGCCGGAGGAUCCCUCCUCGUGGAAAUUCAACUCAGCAGACGAGGUCUAUGAGAAGGAGGUUCGGGAGUGGCUCCAGAAGGAUAUUACAGAUGGGAAGCUGUUCUACAAACACGUGGGGCCUCACAAUAUGGACCAGUUUGUCUUUACGGUGCAGGACGACAACGACCCUCCGAAUGAAUCGGGCCGAGCGACGUUUGUCAUCCGGGCGGUGCCCGUCGACAAUACCCAUUGGGACUCUGAAGACCGCAUAGCCAGCGAUGACCGUGGACAGGUUCAGUCAAGCCGAUCUCGACGACCUGAACGUGUGCUUCGAGGACGCUACCUCCAUCAAAGGCUUCAGCAUGGAAACCAAGACCACUAUGAAUCCUCCAAAAGGCGGCAACAAGCUGACGGGCCAGUGAUUCGGCGUGGGCCGGAUCUUGCUGGAGAAGGACUUCUACGUGGUGGACCAAGGCCACGGCGAGGACGACGCCUCGGUGGAGGCGCCGCUGAGGUGGAGAAGCUCCUUUCGUAGGUAUCGGUACUUCUAUCAGGACUUCUGGGGCAAGAUAUGGCUGAUCCAAAGUGUUUCCCAACUCAGCCAAAAACUUUUGUCUCUGUAGUUUUACACAUUGAAGCACAUCAGGCAGUAAGAAAGAGCCAAGGAUCGUUUGACACUUGGAGAUGCUUAUUAAUUGAAAACAACACGCCGUCAAAGUCACUACGUUUCGGGCCGAGGCGAAGAUGUCGCUGCCCCCCCGGACAUACUUUUGCCUCCAAAGCGGGAGCCUGGCUCGGAGUUUUCGCCACGAUCUUCACAGGCCAGCAAGUAAUGAAGUCAGGGGGGAGACCAAGUCGGAUGAUGAGAGCAACCGCGUGUCAAUGCGAUGCAACAUCAGCUCGCUUCAUGGCUCCAAAAAAAAAAAACCCUCCAAAACAUUCCAGUCAAGAGAGAAAGAAAAGAUGAAGCACGCCAGGCUUGCUGUUAAGUUGAAAACGUUUGAACCCUGUAUCAAAAAUGCUCCAAGCGCAGAUGAAAAGAAAGAAAGAAAAAAAAGCUAACGAUGAGCGAUAACAUGGAGGCUGAGGGAGACAACAUAAUAGCGGCUGGUCAAU